UAUAACUGAUUACAUGAGCUCAUCAUGAAGAUUCCAACCCUUUUCAUAAACCACUACUGACAAAGAAAUAAAAUUCCUGUUGAAGAAGCAUACCAUUCAGCGUCAUGGGCCACCUUGUGACAGUAGCGACUUGCAAUCUGAAUCAAUGGGCUCUUGACUUUGAAGGGAAUCGGCAAAGAAUCAUCCAGAGUAUUCAAGAGGCCAAAAGCAGGAAUGCAAGGCUACGUGUUGGACCUGAGCUGGAGGUCUGCGGAUAUGGCUGCCUCGACCACCUGUUGGAACAGGACCUCUAUCUGCAUUGCUGGGAGCAGAUGGAGUGUAUCCUCCAGGACAAGUCUUGCUUCGAUAUCCUGCUCGACAUUGGCAUGCCAGUCCAGCACCGGAACGUUCGGUAUAACUGUCGAAUCAUCUGUCUGAAUGGAAAGAUCCUCUUCAUUCGGCCAAAGAUGGUCCUUGCAAACGAUGGAAACUAUCGGGAGAUGCGGCACUUUACCCCUUGGCUCAGGCCCCAAGAGUAUGAGCAAUAUUACUUGCCGCGGCGAAUCCAGAAGCUACAAGGAGAGACUCAUGUCCUCUUCGGCGACGCUGUAAUCUCAACGCCAGAUACCUGCUUCGGUGCAGAGACCUGUGAGGAGCUCUUCACUCCAGAUGCUCCUCACAUUCCCAUGUGCUUGGAUGGCGUAGAGAUCAUCACUAACAGCAGUGGCUCCCAUUUCACACUCCGCAAGCUGAACCAGAGACUUCAGCUUAUCCAAGAAGCCACGAGGAAGAGCGGCGGAGUCUACCUGUACGCCAACCAAAGAGGAUGCGAUGGAGACCGUCUGUAUUACGAUGGAUGUGCCAUGAUCUUCAUCAACGGCGACGUUGUUGCGCAGGCGUCGCAAUUCUCCCUUAAAGAUGUAGAAGUCAUCACCGCUACCGUUGAGCUUGAGGAUGUCCGCGCAAAUCGGGCAACCAUCUCCCGUGCCAUGCAGGCAGCGACGUCGACUAGGAAGUAUCAUAGAAUCGAGACGCCCUUCGAGCUCAGUUCUGAGCAGGCGGAUCUGGAUGUCAGCCUUGGACCAAGUCCGGCGAUUGAACCAAGGUUUCACGCUCCUGAAGAAGAGAUUGCAUAUGUCGGCGGGUGCUAUCUGUGGGAUUAUUUGAGGAGAUGUGGUGCGGCGGGAUACCUUUGUCCUCUAUCAGGCGGGAUUGAUUCAGCCUCUACAUCAACGAUGGUCUAUGGCAUGUGUAGUCUUGUCAUGGAUGCGAUCAGGGCUGGGGAAGAGCAAGUUAUUGCGGACGUCAAGCGAGUUGCAAGAUAUUCCGACAAACUGCCUGAGACACCGCAAGAGCUGUGCAAUCAGCUCUUCCACACUGUAUAUAUGGGCAUGUCUAAGCAAAGUUCGGAGGAGACGAGACAGAGAGCCAAGGAUCUAUCCGAUGCCAUUGGCUCAUACCACGUCGAUCUUGACAUCGACCAAGUCUACGAAGCGCAAAGAAACCUGGUGGUAAACGCCCUCAACUUCGAACCGAAAUUCAAGGUCGAGGGCGGAUCAUCCGCCGAGAACAUUAUGUUACAAAAUAUCCAGGCCCGAUCGCGGAUGGUAACGGCAUACGAAUUCGCUCAGAUCCUCCCGACCACUCGGAACCGUCCUGGAGGGGGUAGUCUCCUCGUCCUAGGGAGUGCGAACGUUGGAGAGUCGCUCCGUGGGUAUCUCACAAAGUACGACUGCUCGUCCGCUGAUAUCAAUCCGAUCGGUGGCAUCGAUAAGAGUGACCUCAAGCGCUUCAUGGCAUGGGCGGAGACGAGCUUCGGCAUUCCUGUCCUGCAUGAUUUCUUAACAGCCACACCCACCGCCGAACUGGAGCCGAUCACAGAGAACUACGUGCAGUCAGACGAGGCGGACAUGGGCAUGACGUACGGUGAAUUGACCGAAUUCGGUCGCCUGCGAAAGGUCCACAAACUCGGUCCCUUCGGGAUGUUUCAGCGCCUGGUCCACGAAUGGGGCGGUCGGUACGAGCCGGAGCAGGUGGCGGAGAAGGUGAAGCGUUUCUUCCAUUACUAUGCCAUCAAUCGGCAUAAGAUGACGACGCUCACGCCAGCACUGCACUGCAAUGACUAUUCCCCAGACGACAAUCGGUUUGAUCUGCGGCCGUUCCUCUACCCUUCGUUUUGGGAUUCCUGGAGUUUUAAGAAGAUUGAUGAGGAGCUGGAGAAGAUUCAGAGGACAAGGGGGAAGAAGCCAGGUGCCUGAAAUGGAAGUGGAUGCACUGGGCCAAAAUCAGAAGAACGGUUGUAUUUCGCUAUUAUAGAAAUCAAAACGUGCGCAAUCAAUACGAU